AUGAGUGCUACCACCACGAUUACCGCGCCGCCCCGCAUCACCGCGGAAAACGUGGCCACUCUUUUCCCGGAUGUCGAUACCUCGCUGGCUCGCGAGGUCUUCCCCGCCGCCAGCGGGAACUCCGUGCGGGAGGGCGGCGAGUUGGCGGGAUACGACGAGGAGCAGGUCCGGCUGAUGGAGGAGGUGUGCAUCGUUCUGGAUGAUGAUGACAAGCCGAUUGGGAGCGCCAGCAAGAAGACGUGCCACCUGAUGCCCAACAUCGACAAGGGCCUCCUGCACCGUGCCUUCUCCGUCUUCCUGUUCGACUCCAACAAGCGCCUGCUGCUCCAGCAGCGCGCCACCGAGAAGAUCACCUUCCCCGACAUGUGGACGAAUACCUGCUGCUCUCACCCCCUGGGAAUUCCCGGCGAGACCGGCGCCCAGCUGGACGCCGCGGUGCUGGGCGUGAAGCGGGCUGCGCAGCGCAAGCUGGAACAGGAGCUGGGAAUCCAGCCCGAGCAGGUGCCGCUGGACAAGUUUGAGUACUUCACAAGGAUUCAUUACAAGGCCCCGAGCGAUGGGAAGUGGGGAGAGCAUGAAAUCGAUUAUAUCCUCUUCAUCCAGGCCGACGUCGAUCUGAACGAGAACCCCAACGAGGUCCGCGACACGAAGUACGUCUCGGCCGAUGAACUGAAGGCUAUGUUCGAGCAGCCAGGCCUCAAGUUCACGCCGUGGUUCAAGCUCAUCUGCAACUCGAUGCUGUUCGAGUGGUGGAGCCACCUGGGCACUGCCGCGUUGGACAAGUACAAGGGCGAGACGGAGAUUCGCCGGAUGUGA